CGGUCUCAGCCUCCCCUGGUCUCGAGCGCAGCGCAUUUCAAGCAACUCAGCCGUGUGAGUCAGCAACAAGCUAUACGGGGCUUCAGAGCUGGAGUUUCUACAGCUUCAAUACUUUCACUUCAGAGGUAUUUGGCUCUCCCUCCUUAUUUUCUCGACAAAGAGGACUUCAUUUCACUCAAGGCUCACCGCUUUGGGGGCUGCAUUGACUGGGGAUCCUGACCAGGUGUUCACAAUGAAGUCCUUCGCAUCUUUGUUCCUUUGGAGGAUCGUCAUUUUAAUAAUGCCAAUGGUCUCACUGGGCCAAACAUCUGAGUAUGUGUAUGAUACCUGGAAGGCAGAGUUUUACAAUGGCGGCCGUAUCUAUGACAAGCCUCCGCAGUGUGUGGACAUCCCAGAUGACCUGAAGCUCUGUCACGGUGUGGGCUACAACCAGAUGCUGCUGCCCAACUUACUGGAGCACGAGACUAUGGCUGAGGUCAAGCAGCAGGCUGGGAGCUGGGUGCCCCUGGUGCACAAGAACUGCCACCCGGGCACUCAGGUGUUCCUGUGCUCCCUUUUUGCCCCUGUGUGUCUGGAGAGGCCCAUUUACCCAUGCCGCUGGCUCUGUGAAAAUGUGCGUGAUGGCUGCACACCCAUCAUGGAAGCAUUUGGGUUUCCCUGGCCUGAGAUGCUCACCUGCGAGAAGUUUCCGCAAGAUGAUGUGUGCAUCAGUGCGCCCAAUGCCACAGAGGCCUUCAAGCCCACUGGAUACUCCCCAGUUUGUCCUCCUUGUGACAAUGAAAUGAAAACGGAUGUGAUUCUGGAGCACAUGUGCGCCAGUGAAUUUGCCAUAAAGACCAAGAUCAAAGAGGUCAAACGGGAGAACUCGGAUCGCAAGGUGAUCCUGCAGAAGAGGAAAAAACCCCUAAACCUGGGCACUUUGAAGAAGAAGGACCUGAAGAAACUCACUCUGUACCUGAAGAACGGAGCCGACUGCCCCUGCACGCAGCUAGAAAAUCUCGGAAAUACAUACCUUAUCAUGGGACACAAGGUGGACAAACAGUACAUUCUCACCGGCAUUCACAAGUGGGACAAAUCCAGCAAGGAGUUCAAAAAGACCAUGAAAAAACUCAAAAGCCACAAGUGCCCUGCUUUUGAGAAUGUCUUCAAAUAAACAUUCUCAGAGCUCCCACUUACUUUAUGAACUUGCACAUCCAGGCAACCCAAAAUAUUGUUUUAUUUUUCAUUAUUCAUGUACUAUAUAUAUAUUUCUCAUGUAUAGGUCAAACACUUGAGGUGUUUUGUCUUGGAUCUGUGCUGUUUAAGACUGAAAAGAUAAUGAAUGAUACAGUAGACAAACUCUCCACCACAACCAACGGAUCACUUUUGUAUAUAUCCAAACUGGUGAUAAUAUGUUGUAAAAUGAUCAUAAUUCACCUACAAUUGAUUGUUGACUUUUCUUUUAAAUUUUUCUAA